AUGGCAAACGUCGCCUCCGCUAAGGUCCCGAAAGCUACCGUCGUCCCCAACGAGACCCAGCCGGCUUCCAUCAUUGCCGACGAGGUCCUGAUGGCCACCGACCAGCCGCCGCAGCAGGCGACCCGCCCUGGGGACACCAGCAAGAAAAACCUGCAACAAAGUCCCAAACCCAUUGCCUCCACCCACUCUUGUCUUCUUGGCGAUCCUAGUCGCUGCCACCGCAAGCGCAAGCCCCGUCAGCCACGCUGCUUGCCAUCCAUCUUGCAUCACCAGCCGUCCCAAAUCCUUCAUCAACGGUACAUCAACCCCAGCGACGAUACACGAGCAGCCAGCCCGAUCGCUGCCCUCUGGCCGAUCACGAACAACCCGCACGAUCCAAACCGCAAGCGCAUGAGCCGAGCCAAGCGAUAG